GAAAAAACACAAAACACUCAAUUUUGGGCUGUUGUAUGUGGUGUUUUCUAGGAUUUUUAGCAUUUUAAAAUCUCCACAAUGACUAUUUUACCGAAGAAGAAACAUUCGGAGUCCAAGAAGAGUGAAACGACCUCAAAUAACGAAAGCAGAACGCGAAUACGAGGUAAUUCGUCUUGGACUUCGUCGGCGAGCGUAACUGAGAGAGGUCGAUCGAGCGAAGAGUAUUCGAGUCAUGAAGAACAGUAUCUUGGAAAUAGUUUUGAGAGUAGAGAAGCCACUGAUGUAGCUUCUUGUAGUUCCAAAAGGCGACAUAGAAGUCCCCCUCAUCGCCACAAAUACCAUGAAAGGCAUAGCGAGGAAACAGGUUACAACAGUUCCGAUGAACAUGACACUCAGACGACUGACCAACCUUUGUCUUCUGAAGAGGUACACUCCUCUCUUUAUUUAUACGUUUACUUGGGAUUUUCGAAAGAACCGAUCGCUAUGUCUCAUUUUCUUUCGUAUUUCAUUAAGGUGGAGAGGCAGUUUGAGCAAGCAUUAAAGGAAAAGAAAGGUUUUAUAGUCAAGAAAAUGGGCCAAGAUGGCGCGUGUUUAUUUCGGGCUGUUGGUACGUAAACUCACAGUAUAUUAAUCAUCUCACGUCAUGCUAAAAAGUUGCACCUUAAAAUAAUGUGGUUUUUUUUGUAAAAUAAGUACCUUCUCCCUGUAUUUCAUAUUUUCAAGGGCUGCUAGUAUUCAACACAUGGUUGAAGCUGGUACCUAGGUCAUUUUUGCAGCUGAUUCACUAUACAAAACCCUAUAUUUCGACCUCACAUUUAUUACUGAACGAUGCAAACGUAUAUAUUCAAUCAUUAGAGGAGACAAAGCUCGUUUCAGAAUUCUCUUGCAAUAAGAAGUAUUUUCAGCCGUAUUCUCCAAAAACAUCUGUAAAUCAAGUCAGUCAUAUCAUGUAAAUUGAUGUACAUGUGGCUCUGUCUUUUUGUAGGGCUUUGUCUGCUCUUGGUACCAAAAUUUUCGCUCAGUAUUAAUAUAUUCAUAGUUUUUUGCCAUAACAUACGAAUUGGAAAUGUGGGACAACUAGCCAGUGUGGCAAUGUACUUUAGGUAUUGUACGUGAUCAUGAGGAAGCGUGAGGUGAAUUUCAGUGACUAUAUUUGCUUGCAUCUUGUGUGGAGUAAUAAAACACUUUGUUGAACGUGUGUUGGAAAACAAAACCUUAUAACUGUAAUGUGAUAGUGUAGUAUAACUUGAAGGAUGCAUUGAGUCUUGCUGAAAAUUUGCCUUUUAAGAGCUUUUGUCUGCAAAUCAAAAUUGUCCAAAGCUUGUAUAUACACUCGUCUAGUUGAAUCGCAAUGUAGCAGAGUUGCAAGGGACUGUGAAAGUCAUUGAUAUAGAGGGGUACAUUAUAUGGAUGUCCUGUAUCAUUUUUACAAUAGGGAUGUGGAAUCUUAUUUGUUAUACUGAGCUGUUUGUUUGUGUGGCUAAUAAUAAAAUUGUUAUGUUGUUGUUUCAAUGUAAUGAACUGUUUUGCAAGAUACUUAAUAAAUUUUGUUUUUAUUCCACAUGCACAUGAUAAUAUUAGCUUUGAAUUCUUCCGUAUAUUUUAAACAACAAGCACAGACAGAAAGGAUAGUGGACUGAUUUCUUUUGUUUAAAUUUAAAAACAAAGGAAACCUGUAANAAUUGGAAAUGUGGGACAACUAGCCAGUGUGGCAAUGUACUUUAGGUAUUGUACGUGAUCAUGAGGAAGCGUGAGGUGAAUUUCAGUGACUAUAUUUGCUUGCAUCUUGUGUGGAGUAAUAAAACACUUUGUUGAACGUGUGUUGGAAAACAAAACCUUAUAACUGUAAUGUGAUAGUGUAGUAUAACUUGAAGGAUGCAUUGAGUCUUGCUGAAAAUUUGCCUUUUAAGAGCUUUUGUCUGCAAAUCAAAAUUGUCCAAAGCUUGUGUAUACACUUGUCUAGUUGAAUCCCAAUGUAACAGAGUUGCAAGGGACAGUGAAAGUCAUUGAUAUAGUGGGGUACAUUAUAUGGAGGUCCUGUAUCAUUAUUACAAUAGAGAUGUGAAAUCUUAUUUGUUAUACUGAGCUGUUUGUUUGUGUGGCUAAUAAUAAAAUUGUUAUGUUGUUGUUUCAAUGUAAUGAACUAUUUUGCAAGAUACUUAAUAAAUUUUGUUUUUAUUCCACAUGCACACAAAAAUAUUAGCUUUGAAUUCUUCCGUAGAUUUUAAACAACCAGCACAGGCAGAAAGGAUAGUGGACUGAUUUCUUUUGUUUAAAUUUAAAAACAAAGGAAACGUGUAAUGUUUAACUUGAGUUGAAUCAUUGAGUUUUAAACAAAGAGUCACAGGCAAAUUUGUAUUAUUCAAACCAUUGCCUUUGACUUUGCUAUCUUGCAUUUUUGUGUAUAUAAAACAGUACUGUGUAUGUACAUGUAGUUCUUUGCUACUUAAUCCAUUAACAAGCCUCACAACAAGCCACAAGUACAGUGGUAAAAGGUCUGCUACAGGUACCACCCUAUUACAGACAGAUGACUGUCCAAACACAACCAGAAGUUGUGCAGCAUCUACAAUGUAACUGUUAUAACAAGUACAACCCUAUAAUAUCCUUAUCAAUGACACACGGAGAAUGCUUAACCAGAGAGGAAACAAAAGUUUUCUUAUUAUAGACCAUUAAUUUUGUUGUAUGUAUCAACAAUGCUGUUAUUGUUCAGUUGUAUAGUUUUAGUCAAGGGGUAGACUUAUGCACAGAUUUCUAAUGGUUCCCAAGCUAGUAAUUAUCACCCUUUUCUGUCAUCAUGUGUUAUUGUGUAGUUAGUGUAGUGCAAAUUUGUCCUGUAAUGAAGUGAAGUGUACUAUGGUUGAGGACAAGAGGUCAUGAAAUUUCUAUGCACCUCUGGUCUAAGGCAUGAUUUAUCAUCCCCGUCCCCUCCCCACUCUGCCUCCCUCUCCUGGGUCCACCACUAAACUGACUGAGGUAAAUUUGUUUCAGCUGAUCAAGUUUAUGGUGACCAGGAGAUGCACUCUGAGGUCAGAAGACACUGCAUGGAUUACAUGGUAUGUGCAGGGCCACUGACGUUUCUAUUCAUGUUUAAGAAAUCUGCAGAGUCUUGAUGCAGUAUUAACUUUCGAACCCGAACCCUUGCUCAUUGCAUUUGUACCUUGAUUAACCAUGACGACCUACAUACUGUAUGUACCCUUGCACUCAAAAUUAAUACAGAUGUGGUUGUCCAUGUACACUGUGGCUGCUACUCUUUGGAUGUAACUAAGUUGUUGAUUCACUGUAUUACACAAAUUACAUUGGGUAACUACAAGAAACUCUGUGCCAAUAUACCUCUGAGGAAAAAAAUCUUUAUCAGUGGGGUUACAAGACAAUUAAUACUGGACUCUUUCUUGUGCUUGUAUUCUGAUCUUUGAUUAUUUUAUCAUUGUUUAAAAUCCAGCUCAAGAAUGCUGACUACUUCUCACAGUAUGUUACUGAAGAUUUUAAUGGCUAUAUCAAGCGUAAACGGGAAAUCCAUUGUCAUGGAAACCAUAUUGAGAUGCAGGCUAUGUGUGAGAUGUACAACAGGACAAUCGAAGUCUAUCAGUACAGCACAGGUAAAAGUAACAGCAAGUUAACUAUUUUUAUGGGCUCAUGUGUUUACUGAAACAGCGUAAAAACUUUUCACAUAACUUAUGACAUGCAGGCUGGAAAUAUUUCAGUCUUCUGGUUGUUUGGAAUUGUCAUUAAAAUUCCUAAGCCUGCUGAAGAUCAAAUGUGGAGAUGCUAAUUUAUUUUCUGUUGUCUGUUGUACAGAACCAAUCAACAUCUUCCACAGUUCAUACAAGACUGACUAUGAACCAAUUCGCCUUAGUUAUAAUGGUAUCCACUAUAAUUCAGUGCUCAAUCCCAAUAAACCAUCUGUUGGUGUAGGACUUGGCCUUUCUGGCUACAAACCAUGGGUGAGUAAAGUUGUGCACUCACACAUGCUCAUUAAUUUAUUAUGCAGUACAGGCAAGAUGCCAUGAACAGAGUGUAUCUGUAGUAUGCCUAGAUUCCAGUUACUUGUUCAAAGAGUAAUAUCUGGCUGUAUUUCUGCUUGUAAUCAGAGAGAUUUGCAGGGAGCCCAAAUUUCUUCAGUGUUGUUCUGCCACUUUGUGCUUGUGUUACACCAGUAAUAUCCACAGUCAUUUUACUGCUGUGGGGACAUAUUUCAGCAAUAACAAAUAACUGGUGAGAUCAUGCUAGCUGUGAAACCCCUUUCUCAGUUCAGAUGAUCGCGUCAUUGGGCAGUGACGUUAAGCCGUUGGCCUUGUCUCCUUCAUCCUUGUACUUCAGUUGGAGGGGGACGUAAAAGAACCUGUGACAUUGUUCGAAAAGAGUAGGGGACGUAGGCCCCGAUGUCAUGGUCUUUCUGACUUGUGCCGUCGUCGGUCUGGGUGGGCGAGGUGCGAUCAAAACAUGGACUGAAGAGUGCAAGAGUGCGCCUUUAAAUAUUGACGUCCGAUCUCACCUCUCUGGUUCCUCCGCAAUUCAGCCAUUGGCUGCAAGUGAGGAAAGUUGGCACCGUUAUUAUUAUUAUUAUUAUUAUUAUUAUUAUUAUUACUUACAUUCUAUAUCUUGAAGAAUAAAAUAAGCACAGAUGUGUCUGAGAUGCUGAUGCUAAAAAUUCUGUAGUUUUGAUGCAAUAUGUCUCAUUUGGUGUUUCCAUUUUUAGGGAACGCUGGUUAAUGAUGCCUUCAAACAAUCAGAGGACUGGCAUAUUGAACAGGUAUUUUUGUUAGUCGCAAAAUCAGAGUUCAUGUUUAGCACCAUCCACUCAAGAUAAAAGUUGUAACAGAAAAGAUAAGUCUUGGGGCCCAACCUGUCAUUAGACUCAAUGACUGGCUAAAGACCCUCAUUGUGAAGCUUAAGCUACAUUGUAAGUGGAGAGAUAUUAAGAUCCAACACGACAAAUGUUCAAACAUAAUGUUUCUGUUUUGUCCUACUAAAAUGGCAACCCAGACAUGUAGGCAAUUUUACGAGUUAUGUCCUUUCGUUAGAAGAAAGUUAUUGGCAGCCCUCUCUCACCCAUCCAAAGUUAAAACAACAUCUUUCUUAUUAGAUUUACAUAUGUACAUAACAUGUUAACUGCUUGCAGCAAAUGUUGGCUGAUAAACUUCGUUGUACGGACUGGGAGGCCACAAAUGAAGCCAUGGAGGAAGCAGUUGCUCGUGAAUCUUAUUUGGAAUGGCUUAGGGAACGUGAGAAGAGGGCCAGAGGAGCCAAAACUCUGGUAAGCCUAUCAUGAAAAUAAAAAAGCUAAAAAGGAACAAAUUUUGACUUUUUGUACCAACUGCUUGUAAGAAAAGAAAUAUGCCACACUGACAAGCUUAAACUUUUGGGAGGGUAAUUGCAUUGUAAACAUCUAUGUAUGCUCAAUUUUCCAAGUAAAACCAAUGAAUUUUAGUAUUGAGUGUGGUUGAAUUUUUGAUUUAUUAUCAACAUCCUUAUAUUCACAUAUGGCACCUUUUUACCUCAGAGACUACUAAGUAGAGAAAUUUGCUGUAUGGAGUUUAUACACACUGUAUAAUGUUGGGUGAAAGUUUAUGUGAUUUGUGUUCUAGCCUCGCUCCAGUCCCACUGCUACCAGUAGUACAUCAACCUGUACAGAAUCCAAGCGACCCAACUCCCCACACCACCGGGAACGGGAUCGAGAUGUACCCGAGAGUGCCCCUCCUAGUAAGUCACCUCGUCAUUCACCCAGCUCUCCUCGUCAUGAAACUUUUGCAAGUUCCACUUCAUCAGAAGCCAAGUCAUGUCCCUCUGCCAGUCAGGCGACCACAACUUGUACUGUUAGCUCCAUGAAGGAUACUGAUUAUAAUUCCAAGCCAGGGUGUUCAACAGAGUCAUCUAACCCUCCCUCUCCCCCUGGGGCUGCAGGAGGUGCUACUGCUGAACCUAACUAUUUGGAUUAUCUACCUCCAACUGGAUAUGGUAAGAACUUGGGUCCCUAGAAAAUAAUAUUAUUAUGCAUGCUAUGCCAUUAGGUUGAACAGUCUGGCUAACCUGUUAGUGAUGCAUUCCACUUCCUAAUUUACGACACUACAGUUUCAUUUGCAACUAAAUGCUUUCAUUCUUCAGUGAUAACACAAUGUUUAUGCUAGUGUUUGAGAUUAUAGGUCAGAACACACUAGGGGACAAGAGACAACAACACAUCACAGGGCCGACAGUUUGCAGCAACAAAUUGCUUUGUGUGUACUGGAGAAUCUUGUCACCUCAACAAACCACCUAACUUCAAACUGAUUUGAUUUUGUACAACUUGUUGUGGUGACAAAAUUCUGUGCUCACCGAGACAAAUUCCCAUAUAAAUUAUACAAUUUACAGAAACUGAUUUGUUGCUGUAAUGGGUCGCUGCAACUUGUUGCUGUAACAAACAAAUUACCACAGCGGUCCCUUGGCACUUUGUAAAUUGAGGUUCCACUUAGUGUGGAAGUUUGUGCUGAUUUAGGCCGUAGGGCCUCCUCCUACUACUUUCUGUAAACCAUUGAAAAUAUUCCCUUAAUCUCUGUAGAAAAAAAAACUUUCAAUAUAUUUCUCGUUCUUUUAAGCUUGCCCCUUCAAGGGUGCUAGUUUUGGACUUUGCCAAUAGACACCGAGACGAAUAUGUAGGUAGCGAACUCGAACGUAGCGAAUUUGAGAAGUAGCAAAACUGUUGUAAAGUUGCAAAGCUUUUCUCCUCCUCGAUCAACAGUGGUUUAGCUUCUUUCCAUAAUAACAUGGCUGAACUUUUUCUCUUCUUAGGCUUCUCAGAAUGGGAGGAUGAGAGUAUUUUAGCAGCUGUCUUAGCAGAAUCUCAAAAAGAAUAUCUUGAAAAACUUAAGAAAGGCGCUGUGAAAGAAAAGUGUAGCGAUGAAGAUUCAAAAUCCUAGCAGUUUUAACACCCAAAGAUACAUUAUUGCGAGUAUCAAAUUGUAGAAUCAUGUUAUAAAAUUAUACAUAUAAUUAUUGGUUUUCGGUUUGUAAGGGUUACAUAGGAUUUUCAAUGUAGCAAAGUUUCUCAAUUCAAGUUGAUAAGUGCUUGUUUUAUGGUAA